UAGAAAAAAAGAAAUGAGCGCGAUUAGUCACAAUUUGGUUUCAUAGAUCGAUAGUCAGACAUGGACGACACGGACUUCUCGUUGUUUGGCACCAAGAAUAAGCACAAAAAAGACAAGGCCGAUGCAACGCAAAUUGCCAAGACUCCCACCUCCGAGGCAGAUCUCAAGAGGAUCAUUAUCUCCCGUCCCACCAACGAGGAUAGCUAUGAGAACUGCCCUCGCACCGGAGUCGCCAUAAUUCUCAAUCACAAGGAGGUGAAGGGCCAAAAACAACGUGUGGGCACCGAAAGGGAUCGGGAUGAUAUACAACAGUCCCUACUCGGUUUCGGAUUCGAUGUGCGUCCCUAUAACGACCUGACCUUUGCCGAAAUCAACGAUUUGCUCAAAGAGGUGGCUCGAGAGGAUCACAGUCAGAACGAUUGCUUUGCGCUGGUCGUCAUGUCACAUGGAUCCGAGGGCAAGGUCUAUGCCAAGGACAUGUCGUAUCCCGUGGAUCGUCUUUGGAAUCCCUUUCUGGGAGAGAGCUGCAAAACGCUGGUGAACAAACCAAAGCUCUUCUUCGUACAAGCUUGUCGCGGUGCAAAUUUGGAGAAAGCUGUGGAAUUCACUAGUUUCUCGGUGAUGACCAGGGAUCUGGGUCCAGCAGCUCCAGAGCCACAGCCGGUGACUUAUGCCAUUCCCAGCACAGCGGACAUGCUGGUCUUCUACUCCACCUUUGACAAAUUCUUCUCGUUCCGCAAUGUGGAUGAUGGUUCUUGGUUUAUUCAGAGUCUCUGCAGAGUCCUUGAUCUGGCUGCCAAUAACGAGGCUAGGCAACCUGAGGGGGCGGAGUUACUUCGGCUGCUGACCGCUGUCAAUCGGAAGGUCGCCUACGAGUAUCAGUCAAAUACGAAGAACGAGGCUCUCAACCAGAUGAAGGAAAUGCCCAACUUCAUGUCCACUUUGACGAAGACUUUCCAGCUGCGUGUCAAGCCAAAAACCUAAGAUACUACACUGAAGAAAAAACAACAACGCAUUUUUUUGACAAGAAAAAUAUUACAAUUUCAUUAAAAUUAUUUAAAAAAUGCGUUGAGAGUCAGAAAAUUUGUAAUAUUAGAAAACACAUCACGAUUGUGAAAUUCUUCUUUAUUUUAGAAACCGCUCAUUUUUUAUCAGUGUAAGACCUAAGGCAACCUCUGAGUCAGUUCCCCAAAGAGUACAUUCAUAUACCAUAUAAAAAAACGAUUUGUGUUAAUAAUAACGUUUGUCUUUUGUAUCUGUAUCUGUAUCUUUAUCUGUGUAUGUAGCAACGAGUACAAUAUACAUUUGUAUCUGUAUCUGUAAACUA